UGAAAAGAAGCGCGAAAUAGAAACUUGAGCGCGGAGGAGCGGCUGUGAUACUGUUGAGCUCCGCUGCUGUUUUUAUAUUAUAACGUGUCUUGUAUUUGAUCGACAUUCUUAAUAACAUCACAGAUGUUUUCGUCGUUGUGUGUCUUGUGCACCACAUCCUCUUAAAGAUCUGUUUUAUUAGCGCAAUUGAUAAACACGGGGAAAUGUCGUGGUGGGCGCGCGGCGAGGAUGAAGAGGAGGCCAUGUGUCAAGACACAGAUUCAGAUGUGGCUGACCAAAAGGAUUGUGGGAAAGUGAAAGUCAAGUGGACACAAGAGGAGGACGAUAAGCUGCGAAAACUGGUUCUGAGGGUCGGACCGAAUGAUUGGAAAUACAUUGCAAGCUUUUUACCUAAUCGUUCAGAGCAUCAGUGUCAGCAUCGCUGGUUCAAAGUAUUGGAUCCAGAUCUUGUCAAAGGACCUUGGACUAGAGAAGAGGACGAGAAGGUGAUUGAACUGGUGAAAAAGUAUGGCAACAAGCAGUGGGCGAUGGUGGCCAAGCACCUGAAGGGUCGUCUUGGAAAGCAAUGCAGAGAACGCUGGCACAACCACCUCAAUCCAGACGUGAAGAAGUCCUCCUGGACUCCAGAAGAAGAUCUCAUCAUCUUCAAAGCCCACUGUGUGCUGGGCAACCGCUGGGCAGAGAUUGCCAAACUACUUCCUGGAAGAACAGACAACGCUGUCAAAAACCACUGGAACUCUACCAUUAAGCGUAAAGUUGAAACGGGUUAUUAUGCUGGGGUGGACCCAACACUUCAUAUGAUCCGUCAAACAGAGAAUGAAGAGAUGGUAUCUGAAGAGACCAGUCAAGAACAGGUGGAGCUCUGUUAUGAUGGAGCCACUGAGGGAAUUCCAGUCCAGAUUAUAAAGCGGGAUCCUGAUGUACAUGAGAAAGCCUGCACCGCUCCUAUCAAAACUGCAUCUCCCAAGACACCCAAAGCUUCAAAAACCCCCGGAAGUGAAGCUGACACGUCUGGAGACCCUAACGUGUCCACCUGGGUCAUGGACAGCUCGGGUUUCCUCUCACCCUCGGCCGCCCCUACGCUAAAGGAGGUGAUGGAACUUAUGGACGGGGAUCUAGAAGGCUGGUGUACGAUGUCAGACUUUGACCUGCCGGAGGAGAGUCAGAGUUCUGAGCUUCUGCAGUUUCGGCUGGAGGGAAGCACCCUGCAGGAGCUCAGCAAGGGCAGUAAAGGGGAGCUCAUCCCCAUCUCACCGGGCGGAGCCACACCUCCGUCGAUCUUGAGUCGACGCAGCCGUCGGCGAAUCGCCCUUUCCCCGGACCCCAACGACUCCAUGACCCCAAAAAGCACACCAGUGAAAAUCCUGCCCUUCUCUCCUUCACAGUUCCUUAAUAUGUGGACCAAGCAGGACACUCUGGACCUGGAGAAUCCUUCACUUACAUCCACUCCUGUGUGCAGUCAGAAAGCCAUGGUAACGACACCUCUUCACCGUGAUAAAACCCCACUCACUCAGAAGGAAAACUCUCUGUUUAUCACACCAAAUCACAAGUCUGACCUGGACACAACUCCACGCACGCCCACGCCCUUCAAAAACGCCAUGGAGAAAUACGGCCCCCUGCGGCCACUGCCUCAGACCCCAAAUCUGGAGGAGGACCUUAAAGAAGUGUUGCGCAGUGAGGCGGGAAUCGAGCUGAUAGUAGAGGAUGAAACUCCUACUGGGAAAAAACGUAAACAAGUGCACCGGCCUCCUAUGAAGAAAGUGCGUAAAUCUUUGGCUCUCGAUGUCAUUGACUGCAGCGAGAGCAUUAUUGCCCGCAAACAGCAAUGUAAACCCUCGGUCCAAACAAAUCAAAAGGUUCGAGCAGCACGGUCACUUCCUCUCGUGAAAGAGGAGAACGUUUUGGAUCAAGGAUUUAUUCAUGGACCCAAUGAGAGCGGGCCGACAACCACAUGCGUGUCUGCAGAAUUAAAAUCAGUUUCUCCUUUGCCUAUGUCUCCAGCCUGGGAAACUGUCGUAUGUGGCCGGACGAAAGACCAGUUAAUCAUGACGGAGAAAGCAAGACAUUACCUUCGCUCUUUAAAGUGUCACGCCCCAAGCCGAGCCCUCAUACUUUCCUGAUCCGACGCUGACAUCUAAGCAUGAAGCUUCCUUAAACAUCAUCUUUCCAAAAAAUAAUGUGGAAACUUCGAGUUGACUUAAAUGUAAAUGUCACGUAGCAUUCAUUGAAGAAACGAUUGUUCCAGGCUUGCAUUGAUAGACACUUUAACGCUGAUAAUGCUCUUAUUUGGUUUUCUAUGGUAUAUUCCCACAUACAGAAAACAAUCCUUCCUUGAACCCUGUGUGUGAUCAGUGUCUCGAAUUUAUGUAUGACAAUGCAAUCAUACACACAGACAUUUUAAUGCCACUGUUUGGUGGCAUGAGUGUCAAGAUGAGAGUAAUCAGGUUGAGGGUUGUUUGUCUUUACAUUUUCUGUAAGAAUAAGGCAUUUUUCAGCUCAUGUGGUCAAUUUGUUGUAUAUACAGUUUGUGUAUAUUAAAUGUGGUAGACAUU